UCUAGAUCUAGAAUAGUCAUGGAACUAUAUUAAUGAUCUAGUCUGGAUCGGUGGAUUCUAGUCUAAUACAUCCGAAGCAUAUCAACAACUAGAGAAAUAGAAUCUAGCAGCCUAGUCUAGAUUAAUACUAUUAAUAGCAUUAUUAGCCUUAGGCUUAAACUUAAGUGCCUUUUUAAGCCAAGAUAGAGAAUAGAGUAAUAGAGACAAUAGAGUCAAUACUAAAAUACUUGUCAAUAGAGACGAGUUCAGGCCAGAUCCAGAUAAAAGCUAUAGAUUCUACUCUACCAAUGAAAUGGCCUUGUUAUUGCUGGAGAUCUUAAAAUUGCUUUCAAUACUUGCAUGCUCAAUGAUUUGGCCCAUAGAAAUUAUAGUUGCCGAAGCACAAUAUGUAUAUAAAAGGGAGGCAAAAAUAGAAAAAGAUUUGCUCAGCAAACUUAUCAGAAGUGAGAUGCCAAAAUCUGAACCAAUAUUUGCUUUUGCUAAACAUUUUCAAAGUCAUAUGGUACUUCAACAGUCUCCACAGAGAGCCAAUGUUUAUGGUUUUUCUUCUGAAAUAGGAAAAAUAGUAGAAUUGCAAGUUGUGGUGUAUCCAACACUGAUCACCCACUACUACAACACUAUUGUCCAACCAGGCUCAGCAAAUGGAACUGGUGUCUGGAACUUCAUCCUAGAUUCGUUCCCCGGAAAUACUGCCGUGGACAUUUAUGCAAUAUCAGAAGUUGGCACUCUAGCCUUAGAAGAUAUUCUCUUUGGUGAUGUUUGGAUCUGUUCUGGUCAAUCCAACAUGCAGUUCACAGUUAUUCAGAUGUUUGAUGCAGAAAAAGAAAUGGCUGAGGCGAAAUUCUAUCCAAACAUUCGUCUUAUGACAGUUAACUGGAAUGCUUCUGAAACACCUCUCGAUGACCUGAUUAAAAUUGAGGAAAACUGGACUCUUCCAAAUAGAAGCACUAUUGGUGGUCUUCCCAAUACACAUUUUUCAGCUGUGUGUUGGCUGUUUGGUAAAAAUAUUCAUAAGGCACUCGGUUAUCCUAUAGGAUUAGUUGCCAGUGAUUAUGGAGGGACACAUGCUGAAGCUUGGUCAUCUCCUGAAGCUCUUGCUGCAUGUGGAAAUUUAGGAAACAAAUUUUCACAAAAGCCUAAUGUAAAUUGGACAGAUGAUCAGCCUAAGCAUUUUGUACAGAACCGUAUAGACCCUGAUGCCAACUCAGUUUUGUGGAAUGCCAUGAUACACCCACUUCUUGGUAUGACUAUUUAUGGUGUGCUUUGGUAUCAAGGUGAGUCAGAUGCAUAUGGCCCUCCAAGAGACAAGUAUAACUGUACAUUCCCAGAACUGAUCAAAGAUUGGAGGUACAACUUUAACAAAGCUUCCCAUGGACAAACUAGAGCAGAUUUCCCAUUUGGUUUUGUUCAGUUGUCAGCUAAAGCAGCAGAUCCAUCCAUAUCUGUUGGAUUCCCUGACAUUCGUUGGCAUCAGACUGCUGAUAGAGGAUAUGUUCCAAACCCAGAUAUGCCCAAUGUAUUUAUGGCUGUGGCAAUGGAUUUGCCAGAUUUUAUAUCACCAUAUGGCUACACUCAUCCAAGAGACAAGCUAGAUGUCGGCACUAGAUUAACUUUAAGUGGUCUUGCUGUGGCAUAUGGCAAAUCAGAGUUAUACCAGGGCCCUUUGCCUGUCCUGGCCUAUGUGUCUCCCCAGGGGCUGGUUGUGGACUACGGAAAGACUUGGAGCUUGGAUGUCAGAAACUGGGAUGGCUUUGAGCUGCUUUGUGGUACUCGAUGGACAGAGACCAGAAUUAUCGACACCAACACGUCCUAUCUAAUUUUAUUUAAUGAAGUUUGUGGCAAGGAAGAAAAGUUGUCAGCUCUUCGAUAUGCCUGGAGAGAAUCACCAUGUGCCUUCAAGAAAUGUUCGGUCUAUGAAAAUAUCAACAACUUACCAGGUCCACCAUUUGUAGCUUUUGCUAAAACUGACCAAAAUAUAACAUAUUUCACUUUUGAAGGACCAACAUAUGUCUAAAAUUUUUAUUUUCAACUUAACUAGUGAAUCAGUACAUUUCUAUAUUUGACUAGAUCUAGUUACAGAUAAUAUAUGCAAGUUUUAAAACCCUCAUAGUUCAGCAUUUUAAAGGGACAUUGUUUUAUUUUUAUGUAAAAGUAUUUUUGUUUUAUUUUGGAUUAUGUGAUAUUGAUUUAUUUUUAUAAUACAUUCCAUUUCAAGUUUAAUAUACACAUUUUUAUAAUUUUUUACACACCGUUACUGUACAUUUUUCUCUCCUGUCUUGAAAAUGUAUACCAAUACAAAAUGUUACAUAAGAAAUAUACUUUGAGAAAGUUGUUAAUUAAAAGAAAUCCAUCCCAUCCAUCCAAAUGGUGCUACAGCCCAUGGCGGGCUCUGGCCUGCUUCAACACAUCCUUCCAUUCAGAUCUUCCUGGGCCUUUUGCCUCCACGCCCUAACUCAAAGCUGUUGCAGAUCUGCCUCCACAUCAUCAAUCCAUCACAUUCAGGGUCUGCCUUUGGUUUUUGCCUGUAUACAAUUUUCACUCUUCUGUUAUCUGACAUUCUUUCAAGGUGACCUGCCCAACGUAGUCUGUUCUUGUUUAUUUCGGUCACUAUUGGUGGGUCUUCAUACAAUUGAUAUAUCUCAUGGUAGUGCGUGUCCUCCACCCCUGUUUCAUCCUGUAUAGCACCAUAGAUUUUCCUAAGAAUUUUUCAUUCCCAAGUAUUUUAAAAGAAAUAACUAUAUGAAAUGUAUAAUUAAGCAAUAUUGAAAUUAUCAGUCUUUUGUAAAUUUAAAUUUAUUCUGUGAAUAUAGUUUUUUUAGAAUGAAAUAGAAUUGAACAUCUUAAAUGUACUGAAUCAUCAGUGGCAAUUGGAUUUUUUUUUUCAAACUGAUAUUGUUUGAUCAGAGAAAUAGAGUCAAACAAUGAUUUGUGCAAGGUUAAGAAAAUUAUUUUCAGUCUCAGCAAAUGAAGAUUAUUACAGUCCCAGCUUAAACUUCAUGCAGGAUGGCUGGGGAUGAAUGCAGGCACACUCUGGAUCAUUGUGAUAACACUCCAAAGCAUAGACCACACGACCAGUCAGCCCUCCACUGUGGUUAUGUCAUCACUUCCUUUUUUAAAACACUUUUUACCCUUAAUACUACAAUGCACAUAAUAUUUGCACACCUUUAAUAGUGCUGAUAUGAACAGUAAUGCUUUCAAAUUUAUAUUUUUAUUUACUUUCAGAAUCUUUUUUUUUUUUGGAAGCAUUAUGCAGAAUGAUAAGAAUUUCAAAUUUAAUUUUUUUUUUUUCAAUUUAAUACAAAAUAUUGUUUAAUCUGAACUCUUUUUAUUUAGAACUUUACAGAUGUGAUGUGAUAAUAUUUGAUAUAUUUUUUAAAAUUUGUUGUUUAUUAUUUGUUGCUUGUAUAAUAUUGUACCAUUUAAAUUGUUGCAGUACAAUAAAUUUAUAGAUAU